AUGAUGAAAAGUGCAGAUAAAUGGUAUUUUAGAAAUCCAUAUUUAUAGGAAAAUGAACCUGAUGAUAAUAUGGAUAACUAUGAAGUUAUUGAGUACAUAGAUAAAGGAGGAUUUGGCAAAGUUGAUAAGUGUAUUAGAAAAAAGGAUAAUCUUAAAGUAGCCAUUAAGACUAUACCUAAAAGGAACAUUUAAAAUAAAGAGAGAAAAAUGAUUGAAAAUGAAUUAAAGAAUAUGUAUAGAAUUGACCAUAAAAAUGUAAUAAAGCUGAUUUCUCAUUUUGAAGAUGCUAUUAAUAUAUAUUUAGUUACUGAAUUUUGCGAACAUGGAAACCUCCUUUAAUUCUUAACUAACUAGGGAGGAAGGUUUGAUGAGAGAUUAUGUGUGUUUUUACUCAGAUAGAUUAUAGAUGCUAUAGAUUAUCUUCAUAGUCUCAAACCACCUAUUAUACAUAGAGAUAUCAAACCAGAAAAUAUUUUAAUUGCUAAUAAUCAUAUUAUUAAGUUAAUAGAUUUUGGAUCAUCUAAAGCAUUCGAGCAAAGCUAAGUAAUGAAUACAAUGACUGGUACACCUAUUUAUAUGCCUCCAGAAAUCGUAUAAGUAGGCUAGUAAUCAGAAAAAGUAGAUAUGUGGACACUUGGGGUAUUAAUUUAUGAAUUUUUGACAGGAGAAACUCCAUUUGAUGAUAAAAAAGAUCUUGAUCAUAAUAAUAGAAUAGAAUAAAUACAAUAAAAUAUAUUGAGCAAUGAUAUAUACUUUCCUCCCGAUUUUCCUCCUCUCGCUAAAACUUUAGUCCUGAAAUUACUGAACAGAAGACCAGAAAAAAGACCAAACAUAAAAUAAAUAAAAGAAGAUCCUUGGCUGAAAUAAUUUCCUUCUAAUAUUAGUGAACUGCAUUUAAGAAACAGCUUCCAUAAAGUUAAAAAUACAUAUAAAAGUGCUGAUAAUGUUAACAGCAUAUUCCAAUUAAAAAUAAGAGAGAAAUCUCAUAUUUAGUUUGAAAAAGAGAAAAGAGAAAAAAAGGAUGAGUUAAAAGAAGAGAUUAUAAAAUAUUCUCAAGAAAUAUCUGAGCUAAAAACCAAAAAAAGUCUUUAAUAAUAGCAAAUCAAUUACUUAAUGGAUUAUAUUGAAAAUAACAAGGAAAAAAUAUGCUAAAAAACUCCAGAACUGUUUCAUCCUAAAACUGUCGAAAAAUAUGAUAAAGAAAUGGCUCAAUUUAAUGAAUAAAAAGCACUACUAUAAAAAAUAAUUUUAAACAAAGAGAACUAAAUUUCUAAGCAAGAAAUAAGUAUUGCUAAUAACUUAAAAGUUAUUGAUGAUAAAUUCUAAAAAAAGGUAUUCAAAUUAGAGUCAGCUAAUAAAAAAUACGAGCAAAAUUAUCUUCAGAUUUCAGAACUCUAAUAAUAAAUAUAUAUGUUGCAGGAGUAAAUUGAAAAACUGAAGCAAGAGACAAAUAUAGAUAUCACUUAAGAAGAAGUGCUUUAAUAGAAAGAAGAAAGAAGGAGAGCAUCUGUUUAAUAGACUCAUGAACUCGAAAAGUACUAAAAGGAUUUACUAAGCUAAAUAAGACUAUUUUUAAGUGCUGAUCUUUUUAGUGAGCACGAAAAAUUAGAAAAUAUCAGGUUCCUAGAAAUGAAAAAUAAUCUCAUGAAAAGCUAUCAUACAGAAAAAAAAAGAAGCGAUUUUAUAGAGCAACUUUAAUAAAUGCAAAAGGAUUACCAAAUUAAGCUUAAAAAUGAAAAACAAAAGCACCUAGAAAAACUAUAAGAGAAGGAAAAUGAAUAUCAAAAAGAGUUAAUAAAUAACGAAUAUAGUUUACUUCUUCAAAAAGAAUAUGAAAAUUUAUUGAAAGAAAUAGAACUUAAAACUCUUUUAAAAGAUUCAUAUGAAAAGAUAAAAAAACUAAUUAUAGAUAGAUAAAACAUUAAGAUAUUAAUUUGA